ACUAUCUCUUUAAACGGGGCAGCUAAAAGAGGGAAGUUAAACUCGUGUCGCUUGUUUGACAGCACUGAUUGCUACUUUCAGUUCGUGUCCGCUGUCGUAUCGAUAAAUAGUGUGCUACGAUGGCUCAAUAAACCGCUGAUCGAUUAAUUUAAUGCGGUGAAGUGACAGAGCUGUAGAUCAGGCUAACGAUGCUAAGCUAGCACCAGUUGAUCUGAGGUGUACCUGCGUUGAGUGACUGUGUGACUCUUCCGCCUUCCCAGGAUUAAAUACCCGCACUUUAUAUUGAAACAGGAUUUGUUUUGUUUUUGUUUUUACUUCAGACCUGCAUUUAAACAUUUCAUCAUGGAUCCGUUUGAAAGCGAAAGAGCUCCACAGCCCAGGAACAUGAUUGAGAACAGCAUGUUUGAGGAAGAGCCAGAUGUGGUGGAUUUGGCAAAGGAGUCCCCAUCCUACCCCAUCGACUCGGACGAUGUGGUCUAUGAACCCCGCAGCUCGCGACUGUUAGUCCGGGGCCUUGGAGAAAACGACCUGGAUGAAGACGAAGAAGAUUACGAAUCAUCUGCCCGUCUUCUUGGAAUGUCCUUUAUGAAUCGCAGUUCCAACCAGCGCAGCGCUGCCUCAUCCUACACCCGCCAGCAGCAUUCUGGGCCGUGCCCCAUGCCUUCGACUAAGACUAUGGUGAUGGGUGGUGUUGUCCUGGUUCUGGUGGUCUCCAUGUUAUUGGUGCUCUACUUCCAGCUAGGCUGCACUUUCACCACAGCGGGCUGCCAGAAGACCAAUUCGACAAUGGACCACAUCUAUCCCAAUUCCACAAACGGUGAUCCUUUCCCAUGGGCCGAGUUGAGGUUACCGCCCAGUGUGCAUCCUGUGCAUUACAAUAUUUCACUCCAUCCCAACCUGACCCUCAUGACCUUCCAAGGCAGUGUAUCCAUCUUAGUGCAAGUCUUGCAUGAAACGAAGAAUAUUGUCCUUCACAGCUCUGAUAUGAACAUAACCAAGGCCACUUUUGAAGGCAAAGAGGUCCACUUCCUGGAGUACAAACCUUGGCAGCAAAUCGCCUUCAAAUUUCCAGAAGAUCUUAAGAAGGGACAAUACGUUUUGAAGAUUAACUACACGGCAAACUUCUCCAGCAGCUAUGAUGGCUUCUACAACAGUUCAUAUGUCGACACAAAUGGUAUAAAAAGAGUUUUGGCUGCUACUCAGUUUGAGCCCUUGGCAGCCCGCAAGGCUUUUCCUUGUUUUGAUGAGCCAGCUUUCAAAUCAACUUUUACAAUUAAGAUGACCAGAGAAAGAAAGUACAUCAGCCUUUCAAACAUGCCCAAGGUCAAAACCACAGAUUUAAAAAAUGGACUUGAAGAAGAUGAGUUUGAGAAAAGUGUUCAAAUGAGCACUUACCUAGUUGCAUUUAUUGUGGCUGAUUUAUUCGGUGUCAGUAAAAAUGUCUCUAAUACUACGGUGUCAGUCUAUGCUGUUCCAGACAAAAAGGAACAAGUGCAGUAUGCUCUGGACACAGCUUGCAAACUGCUGGAGUUCUACAAUACGUUCUUUGACAACCAUUACCCGUUACGCAAACUGGAUCUAGUGGCUAUUCCUGACUUCCUCGCCGGAGCCAUGGAGAACUGGGGACUGAUCACAUUCCGCGAGACCACUUUGCUUGUAGGGAGUAAUUCUUCCUCUAUAGACAAGCAACUGGUGACCUCUGUCAUUGCUCAUGAACUUGCCCACCAGUGGUUUGGAAAUCUGGUCACUAUGCGAUGGUGGAACGAUCUUUGGCUGAAUGAAGGAUUUGCAACCUACAUGCAGUACAUGUCAAUUCAAACCGUGUUCCCAGACCUUGACAUAGGCACUGAAUUCUUAAAUGUUCGCUUUAAAGCGUUGGCCAAAGAUGCAUUGAACUCAUCCCACCCAGUGUCUACUGUGGUGAGCACCCCUGAGCAGGUGGCUGAGAUGUUUGACUCGGUGUCUUAUGAGAAGGGGGCUUCGAUACUGCUGAUGCUCAAUGCAACGCUGACAGAUGGGGUGUUUCGAAAAGGAGUGAUUGAGUACUUACAAAAGUAUAACCUGUCAAACACAGAAAGUGAAGACUUUUGGAACAGUCUUUCCCAGGUGAGCAAACAAAACUUGAGUGUAUCUGAGAUGAUGAACACCUGGACUGUUCAUAAGGGCUUUCCUCUGGUCACGGUGAAGAGAAAUGGCACUCAAGUGACACUGACUCAAGAACAUUUCCUUCUGAAUGCUGAAAACGGCACGGAAGACAGCAGCUUGUGGCAUAUUCCCCUGACGUACGUGACCGACAAAUGUAGUGUUCUCCGCUCCUGCAAGCAAGUGUUCCAUCUCAAGGAGAAAACGGCCACGUUAAAGCUUCCAGAUCAAGUGAAGUGGUUGAAGUUCAACUUCAUGGGUGAUGGCUUCUACAUAGUACAUUAUGAAGACGGAUGGACGGACUUGAUUGAUGCCUUGAAGGAUGUGAAUGUCCUCACCUGUAAAGACAAAGCAGCUCUCAUCAACAACAUCUUUGCUCUCUCCAGAUCGGGCAAGGUGUCUUUCAAAGAGGUCUUAAAUCUAAUGGAUUACAUCAAAAAUGAGACUGAGAUGGCUCCUCUGACCGAAGCUCUCUUCCAGCUUGGACAGAUCUUCAGGUUGCUGGACAAAAGAUCCGAGUUGAACUUGGCCUCUAGAAUGACGCAUUACAUUGAGGAGCAUUUUGGAGGUUUAAUGGAGAGUCAGUCAUGGGAUCUGGAAACUUCUGUGUCAAAUAUGACGCUCCGGUCUGCCCUGCUGGAGAUGGCAUGUUCUCUUAACAUUGCUAACUGCUCAACACAGGCCCAGCAUCUGUUCGAUCAGUGGCUCACUUCCAACAAGACUUCUCAGAUUCCCAGUGAUCUCAUGCGAACAGUCUUCAAAGUUGCUGCUCAGACAGAUGAAGGAUGGGAUAAGCUUUUCGUUGUGUAUAAAAACUCCAUCAAUGACCCAGAGAAGCGCAAGACGUUGGAAGCUUUGGCCAGCACUCAGGAUGUACGGAAAAUCGAAUGGAUCCUAUACAGAAGUCUUGAUGGGAGUGAGAUUCAAACUCAAGAGUUUCCUUUGGUCAUCAACACAAUUUGCAAGAACUUUGCUGGCUACCUCUACGCUUGGGAUUUUGUUAAGGAGAACUGGGAUAAAAUCACUCAAAAAUUUCCUGUCGGAUCCUUUGCCAUUCAGAGCAUCAUCAUGUCCGCAACCAGUCAGUUUUCCACAAAAACACAUCUCGUGGAGGCCCAGAACUUCUUCACUUCUCUGGGGAUGAAAGGUUCUCAGAUGAGGAUCGUGCAGGAGGCCAUUGAGACCAUUAAGCUGAACAUGCGAUGGAUUGAGAAUAACAUGAACACGCUGCAGACCUGGUUAUAGUGUGAGGAGGAGACGGCUCUUCUGUCGCGCCUCUCACUCCCUCAGGUGACGUCAGGUGUGAGUGAUAUUGCGGUCACAACAGCCAGAGCCAUAAAUGUACAACGUUAGGCCAAACUCAAAACAGAAGGGCAGAUUUACCUGGAUGUAAAGGGACCGUUUAAAAACAUUUCUUUUCAGGGUUUUCAGAGUUCUCCAGUGAGGUGUAAACUAGCCAGAAGCUUGCCAGAUAUCUGCCGAGAACCUUUAGCCUUUAAUGCAAGCUUAUGUAAAUUAACAAGUCUGGAUAUGAAUUGUAAAGCGUAUGUAUUUUCUAUUCUCCAAGUUCAAAGUGAAUUGAAACCAUAUAGUCAUUAUAUGAUUUCCUGUGUCAUAACUCGUGUUCGUUACUGCCGGGAAAGGCUGAUGCGUUGUCUUUUUGCGGUUUACUUGGGGCCCAACUCAGUUUUUGUAUGGCUCUGGCCUCGAGCACUAUUUGCACUAUUCAAAGAUUCAGCUUGCUCAGGGCAAAUCUGGUUGUUGUUAAAAUAUCAUGAUGCUUUUACACCCUUUUACUUUAUGGUGGUGGCUAAAGACUAAAACCUCCCAUCAGUGUCUCCUAAAUACGCUCUUUUAUCACGAUUUGCCAAAAAAAGAAAAAUAAUAAUAAUUCUGAAAUUAUGCCACAUGAGGGUGCUCACAAUCCCCCUUUCUUCUAAAUUUCUACGUUUUAUUUCUGUAUGUGGAGGUGAAUUUUUAAUCAUGUGCGUUGUCUGCCAUGCUUGAAUCCAGCACUGUGUAAAUGCUCUUGCCUUAGAAAUGUUCCAUAACCUUUCAUCCUUUGCACAAGAUGUAUUUUAGAGUUUAAUUUAGAGAUGAGUGUGUAUAUUAUGUAUUUUUUGUGCAGGCUUUGCAUAAAGGUAAAGGUUUGUCAUUGGAAUUAUUAUACUAGCAUUUCUGAAACAUUUCGGUGCAGAUUUUAUUUUGAGUUUUGCUCAUUACUGUUGUAAUACAUAUAAAAGAGGCAAUGAGUAAAACUCUGUGGUUUUACCCAUGUGAUUUGACAUGUAGAAAUAUAUUUGUAAGCAAGUUUUCAUGCACAGAGCUUUAGUUAACUUGUCAAAUUGCCACAAGACAAAAAAAAGGGGCUCUAAAGUCACAUCACUGAUUGAGAGUUGUUACAUUUUUCACUGGUUGCUAUUGAUUUGUAUUCCUCAAGGAUUUAAUUGUGUGUGUGUGUGUGUGUGUGUGUGUGUGUGUGUGUGUGUUUUUUUUUUUCAGAUUUUCAGGAAUUUUUUUGAAAAUGUCAAAUGUCACAACCUCACACAAAUGUAUGCGUCAAAGUGCACAUGUAUUCAGCUUCUUGGAAACUCAUGUUACAGUCCACAAAUACAUGCACAUUAUUUUGCUUUAAUGCACAAAAACUGAGAAAUGAUCAUGAGAUGUUGCUGACGUGAAUGUCCAUUUUUAUGCAUGUAUUUUUAAUAUAAUUUUAACUUCAUACAUACAUUUUUAGUUU